AUGGAAAAACCACCCGUCUUGGACCAAUACGAUGGAACCACUGAUCCCGAUGACCAUAUUCGGAGCAUCGAAGCUGUCAUGCACUAUCACGUCGUCCGGGGAUCCAUCAAAUGCCGCAUCUUUCCGACCACCCUCAGGAAAGGAGCGAUGACAUGGUACAGGAACCUUCCUUCCAACUCCAUCCACUCCUGGACCGAGCUCAAAGAGCUAUUUCUGAGCCAUUUCACAGCAUCCCGUCGACAACCAAAAUCAGAGGCGAACCUCGAAGCAGUAAUCCAAGGAACCAAUGAACCUCUCCGAGACUACCUCGACAGGUUCCACAAAGAAGCCGUCAAAGUACAGACGACCGAUUACAUGAAGAGGUACCUCCUAGAGCGAGGUCUUCUCCCCGGAAGUGACUUCAAGAAGGCCAUCAAAAUCGAGAAGGUGCACACCAUGAACUCCCUCCUCCACAAAGCUCAAGCCCUCAUCGCUUUCGAAGAAGGAGAGGCUGCUGCCAUGAAAGCCUCGCGAGGCAAUAAUGCCGCUCGUAGUUCGAACUACGAAAACUCAUGUUCAAGACGGGGACAUGAAAAAAGGAAAGAUGACAGGUCCCACGACGCUAAAGAGCGCCGAGGACCAGCUGGUCGUUUCAACGACUACACCCCUCUGAAUGCUUCACGGGAGAAAAUCUUGGCCGAAUGCAAAAGCACCGACUUCAAGAAUUCCAGCAUCAGACCCCCGAAGUCAAACCCCGCAAGGCCAGGAACUGACAAAUCCAAGUACUGCAAGUACCACAAGAGUCACGGGCAUCUAACCGAGGAAUGCAUUCAUCUUAAGGAUGCCAUUGAGACACUGAUCAAGGAAGGUCGCCUUUCGAAAUACACAAAGAAAGGGGAACCUUCCCGGAUGGACGACCAACGAAACUCUGACGAAAGCAACUCACGGGGUAACAGGCCUCUGCAAGUAGCCCUGUCCGUCACCCGUCCUGAAGACUUCAUGCCUUCGGUCGGAAUAACUAAUGCAUUUAGCGAGUGGGAAAGAUUCCCGACCGCCAUGGUCGUCUCUAACGGCGGGGAUCCCGGUUCUCUCACCAUCAGCUUAGUGAAGAGAAAGUUCGAUGAAUUGCUCAACGCCAACGCAGACCUCGGCCCUACUCUGCGGAAGUUUAGAGGAAAAUCAUAA